AUGAAUCAACACCCCACCUUCCCAACCUCGACACCACUAGAAUACUCCCUAUUCUCACCUUCCAAAGCCGCAGAACAGCAACGCUUAGCCAAAGAUUGGAACUACAUUCAUCAGUUUCUGCGGCAAAAGUAUCCUUCUCCACAAAAGGUGCCAAAGUUUGAGGAGAACGAGGAAACGCUAAAAGCUUUGCUGGCAUUGGCUGCAGCCAAUGAAAAAGCGGAUGAGGGAUGGAGCCAAUUGUGUAGUGUUGAGGAAUUGGUGCUAAGCGAGUUGGAACAAAAAGAGGAACCCCAAGACACAACAAACACCCUCACAACAUCCCUCCAAACCUCCCUCUCCGCAAACGGAACCACAGACCUCACAGCCCAAGCAACAACAGCAAUAACCCUCACCACCACAACAACCUCCGCCACAACCCUAGCAACCACCCUCCUCACCCUCUCAACAACCCUCUCUUCCCUUCGCAACCAACUCAGCGCUACCCAAACCCUCAAAACCAAUCUUCUAGCCCACCAAACCUCCUUGCAAACUGAACUCCAAACCCUGACAUCUCAAGCCUUCACAACUGAAUCCAACCUCCCCAAGAGAACCGCAGAAAUUUCUCGUCAGACCAAGGUGCUCAAAGCAAAAGUCAAAGAGUACGAUGAGCGGCUCCGCAAUGCAUCUGCCAGCGGUGCGGAAAUACCAGAAGCCCUGCUAGCCGAUGUGGAAGCCUCCAAAUCGAAUCUUCAGACCUUGAUGCAGAGGGUAAAGGAUGUCGAGCAGAGGAUUGAAGAGUUUGAGGGUGUGCCGCCAGAGGCCAGGGAGGUUAGGAGAGUGAUGCAGGAUUUACGAGCAGAGUUGGAGNGGUGGGUCAGGAGAAGGGAUGAGAAGUUCGAGGGUCUGGUUGGCGGUAGGAGAUGA